CUCUGGGAACGUUGUGCUCUGGACCGCCGAAGGAGCAGCUCCGCGCUGGGAGUACAGCCAGCCAGUUUAUAUAUAUAUAUACAUGUACAUGUACAUGUACAUUUGGCCUGAAGUGGGCAAAAGUGUGACAAACAGAACGGAAAGUUAGCAUACUUUUGUGAGUUACGAUAUGGCCAAAUCGCGAGUUCAAGCCCCUCUGUUCAGAAAAUCGAAUAUGUGAAAAUCUGAAAAUGUGACCCAAUUGAAAACGCGAAAAACGGGUCGCAACUACACAUAAACUGCACAAAUUUGUACACACAUACAUAGUAUAUGUAUGUGCGGGCGAGCAUAAGUACAUCUGUCAAUACAAGAAGGAACUAUGAAGCUCUCUGACACCAUGGCCACGCCAAUAGAAGAAAAACUCGAUCAGAACCUGAAGGUGCGAACUGGCAUGGUCCAUGUGAGCGAUGGCAAGAGUAGACCAGAACCCCUACGACUUAAUCUUACUAUGGAGUUGCUUUCGCUGCAGAAGCUGGAAGUGGUUACCCCAAGUAGCUGUCAUCCCAAUGGACCACCCAUGGAAUCUAAGGAACGCAUGGUUCAAAUUACGCGGCAAAAACAAGGCGGCCUAGGACUGAGCAUAAAAGGCGGAGCCGAGCACAAACUUCCCAUUUUGAUAUCGCGCAUCUACAAGGAUCAAGCAGCGGACAUUACGGGCCAGCUAUUUGUGGGCGAUGCCAUCAUCAAGGUCAAUGGAGAAUACAUCACGGCAUGUCCUCACGACGAUGCCGUCAACAUAUUGAGAAACGCCGGAGAUAUAGUUGUGCUCACGGUUAAACAUUAUCGCGCAGCCACGCCUUUCCUUCAAAAGCAACUGACCAAGGACACGCCCGACUCCGACAACGAUGUCACAUGUGCCGAACUGAAGGCUGACGAGGGCUACAAGUCAUCCGUCAAUAGUGGAACCAUCAGUCGCAGUUGCAGUCGCCCCAUGUCAAUUUGCUCGGAGCCCGAGAAGCGAUGGACCGACGUCGUUGCCGUACCGCUGAUGAUGGCGUAUGUGACGAGGUACAUUUAUGGCACUGACAAACUGCGCCAAAAUGCCUUCGAAGUUCGCGGCUUGAAUGGCAUUUCCACAGGUGUCAUACACUGCGACGAACUGGCCAUACUUAGUCAGUGGCUGAAAUUGAUAACAGACAAUGUUGUGGGCCUAACGCACUUACAGAUGAAGCUAUAUAAUAGAAACUUUGCUGUGGGCGAGCGCAUUGAAUACAUGGGCUGGGUGAAUGAAGGUGUCAUAAACAACAAUAUAUCGUGGCAGAGCUACAAGCCCAGGUUUCUACUGCUCAAGGGCACUGAAGUGAUGCUCUUUGAAACGCCACCAUUGAAUGUGGCUGGCAUUAGCAAGGCUUUGGUGGUCUACAAGGUCUACCAGACCAUGUUCCGCAUCGUCAAGGAGUCCGAGACCGUGGAUAGUCGCCAGCAUUGUUUCCUGCUCCAAAGUUCGGGCCAUGAACCGCGCUAUUUGAGCGUGGAAACCCGCCAGGAGCUGUUGAGGAUCGAAAACAGCUGGAAUGCGGCCAUUGUGACCAGUGUCAUCAAGCUGGGCCGCAAGACCUUCGCUGUAUCGCACCAUGGAAAAAGUGGAGGACUCACGCUGGACUGGCAAGCUGGAUUUUCACUAACUGAAGGAGCUGAGUCCGCAACAGUUUGGCAAUAUAAGUUCUCACAGCUGAGGGGCUCCAGCGAUGAUGGCAAGUCGAAGCUGAAGCUGCAUUUUCAGGACCACGACAGUCGUGCAAUAGAAACCAAGGAACUGGAAUGCCAAGUACUGCAAAGUCUGCUGUUCUGCAUGCACGCGUUUCUCACAGCGAAAGUGGCAUCGGUGGAUCCGGCAUUUUUGAGCUCAAUCCAGCAGACCUAAAUCAAAAGAAGAACAAGACAAGAAUUGACAUGGACUCACACUCAAAUGAUAUAUAGAAUAUUCGUAAAGUGCAUAGCAAAUAAUUCGAAUAUGAAUGUUGGACUAGGUAUCGCAUACAUGAUUGUCUGCUUGGUGUUAUUAUAAACAAUGAAUGAUUGUAAUUGGAUACUUGGAUACUUGAAUACUGAUAUGGGUACAUUUAUAGCGCUGAUAAAACUGAAAGUGAAAUCUCUUGGUGCAUUACAGUAAAUUUUAAGCAUACAUAAGGCAAUUACUUUAGGCAUUUUUCCUAUUACGUAGACUUGGUACUUACAACAAUUGACAACCAAUUUAUAUUGUUUAUAAUCGAUCGUUUCCAAAUGUAGCCUUUAAAGUUAAAUUACUUACCCCUUAACCUUACUUACGGAUUGUUAAAACCACAUAGGUCUGCCGAUUCUGAAUGUCAGAAAGUAAUCGCUUUUGCUAUGAACCGAAUGGAUUAUAUAAUGAGUGGCCUUAAAGGCUUUAUCCCGUGCUGUAUCCUCUAGAAAUAUAUUUCUCCGACGGCUUAACGAAAAUUGAUCGAAUAUCGAAUAUGAAAACCUGGUUUUGUGUGCGCUCUAAUGAAAAUUUAAUUUU